AGCAUUGCGCGUCAAAUGAGAUUGACCUUUUAUUAACCAAAGUUUAUAUAUAUUUAGAAUUUUUUUUGCUAAAGUUUUUAUUCAUAUUACAUGUGGUAAUAUAAAGCUAUUCACUUAAAAGUAUUAGAAUACAUUGCAUACUACAGGAGAAGGAUUAAUCACGAAUUUCUAAAAAAUAAAACACUCACUAAACCUGAAGACAUCCGCUACGCAUUCAAGAAAGGACAAGCACUUUUACAAAGAGGCUCUAUUGUUUAGAAUGUUUCCAAGACUGUUCUUCAAUUUUACUAAACAAAAAUUACCAGGGCUGGUGUGCUGUGCAUCAAAACAUACAUUAGACUUUUCAAAAGUACCUAAAAUUCAUGAACAUGAGUUAUCUGAACAAUUUGUUAGAGGAAGUGGUCCAGGAGGCUCGGCUGUCAAUAAAAAUGCUAAUUGUGUUGUCUUGACUCAUAUUCCCUCAGGUGUCACAGUUAAAUGUCACCUCAGUAGAUGUCAGGAUGAAAACAGAAAACUUGCCCGAGAAAUGCUUAUAAAAAAACUAGAUGAUACUGUAAAUGGGGAGGACAGUAUAAGCUCUCAAAAAAAGCUACUACGGGAAAAUAAAUUUAAAAAAUCAGAGUAUAAAAGAAAGAAAAAAGCUAAGCUGAAAGAAGAAUGGAAGAAAAGGGAGGGUUUACUGUAAUAUUAAUAGAUAUGUAAAUUUUAAAUAACAUAGUUUGUAUAUAGGUAACAAUUAUCAAAAUGAAUACUUUGUUUGGUUUUAUUACUUUAACAAAUGAAGAAUUAUGUCCUUGGAA